UCUGAGCGGAGCAUGGUGAUGGAGUGGAAGAGCAGCCAGAUGCGGCAGAUGGCGCUGGAGCAGGAGCUGCAGGACCUGGAGGACCACCUGAAGACGCUGCGCGAGAACAACCACAAGGCCGAGUCGGACAUGCGCACCCGCCGCACCAAGCUGGAGCGCCAGCUGGAGGCCAUCAUCGCCAGCUACGACAGCGACAUGUCCGAGCGACAGGAGCUGGAGGACGAGCGGCGCGCGCUGGCCGAGCUGCAGACGCAGCUGCGCGAGCAGGAGGAGGACUACGAGCAGCUGCUGGCCGAGCGCUCCGAGGAGGAGGAGGCGCACUUCCAGCGCCAGCUCUGGACCUUCCUCACCAACCGCGCCGCGCGCGUCAUCCAGCGCGGCUGGCGCGAGCACCUCGUGCGCAAG